UGCCGCCCAGCAGACCCUCGACAGUAAUCUCUGUCCUGAGCGCAAAACCGUCCCCGUUUGACUUGAGAUUCUUCCCCUCAGUUCUGCAUGAGAUGUCACAACUUCUCAACACCCAACUCGACAAAGAAACGCUGACAACGUGUGUACGGAUGAUCGAGAGUGGUGUUAACCCAGAAGCUUUGGCGGCCGUUAUCCAAGAAUUGAGGCGGGAGAAUGCCAACCAACGUAGUCAGGAGACAAGGGCGUCAUAAGAGAGAAUCAUGUACAAUAGCGUGUAACUGUAAUAUCGGUGUCUAUUACACCUUGUUUGGCUCCAACCCGCUCCUACCUUAGCGUUUGCUCAUCGACGACCACGUUCUAGCCCCCCGGGCAUCCAUCACAUUCGUCCCACGGCCGCAAGUCGCAUUUGACCUACUGCCAUGCAGCCCAGCGAAUACGACAUUCUCCGUGAGGUCG